AUGUGUAUCGAGAGCCUCCCACGCAGGCCCCACGUCGUCACGUUCGACAACGCACUCUUGGCCCUCAAGCUCGCUCCCGGGGCGAGGGGAAAAGGGGCAGUCCUCGACGGCUGGACCGACCCUAUCGGUGCGCACGAUCAGAAAGUCAUUGAGGUCGAGCAGGCCAUGCUCCAGGAGAAGGAGUUGGUGUCGGCCAUCAAGUACUGCACCCGGGUGGAGAAGAACUGGAUGGUGGCCAUGGGCCUCCUCAACGAGCAGCCGCACAAGCUAGAGGAGUACGUCGCCCUAAAGUUCGAGAUGAAAACCUUUGAGAAAAGGUUUGCGAGAGCGAGCGUCUUGACGGAGAAACUGGAGCUACAGUCGCAGUGGGAGAAGUACUGCGCCAUGGAGCCAAUGUACGAAAAGAUUCUUGCGGCCAAGGAACAGUACGAUCUUGUCAAGGUGGACAGGGAACAGGCUCAGGCCGACGUGCUCGCCCACGGCCGGACCAUGGCCAAGCUCAAGCGCGAAGAAGUGGAGGCGGCGGAGAAGAUUACGGACGACCACGUCCACGCGUGCGACCGUGGAAAGUCCCUGGGCGACAUUUUUCCGAGCAUUAGGGUCGGCUUCAUCAUCACCAGGCUUUUCGGCAUAGUCAACCUGAAUCUGGAAGACGUUCCGUUCGAAGAGGUGCUGCUGGAGUUAAAAGCCGCCCCCCGGCCACAUACCUUGGAGUUCUUGCGGUACGACAUGAAUUUCAACAGGCUCACGCUCAAGUGGGAAACGCUUGAAGAAGUGCGUCAGCAGGGGAAGUACGUCAGGGAUGCAAGAGAAGAGCGGCUGUACUUCGUGAAGGCCUGCGCGGAGGGAGACAUCGACAGGUUGCAGAUCAGACUCGAUCGAGGCGAAGACGUAGAAUCGACCGACCUGCAGGGAAACACCGGUAUGCACGUCGCGGCGGCCAAUUCGGGCAUCGAUGUGAUGAAGUUCUUGCUGGAAAAUAGGGCCGACCAGGAAGCCAGAAACCGAAAUAUGGAAACACCACUCAUGGUUGCGGCGAAAAGAGGGUCAACGGUGUCCGUGCGCUGGCUGCUCCAGAGAGACGCCAAGAUCGACGUCUUGGACAGGGCGCGGCGUACUCCUCUCAUGCACGCAAUUCUCUCCAAGAGUGAAGUAAUGGCCGCGCUCUUCAUGGACUACUCGGUGGCUCUCCAAGCAACGGACGUCCAGUGGGGUUGGACGGCGCUGCACUGCGCGGCGCACGUGGGCAUGGUGAAGGUCGUCGAAAAUCUCCUCGGGAAACGCGCUUCGCCGUACGCGGAGAGUAAGAUUGGCCAGACGCCGUUGGACGUGGCGAGCAGAGCGCGCCAAAUCAAGACCACUGCCCUACUGGAGGCGUUCCUGCGAGCCGAACCAGCACACGAGGUCAUCGCGGAGGCUGGGGCAAAUAUAUGGCAAGGGUCGCACGCGGCUGCACAUCCGGUGUGGGCAUCAGACCAGGGGUUCGAGUGCAUCCUCUCCAUUGUGGACCCCAGAUUUCCGGACAAGAAGCUUGGCUGGUUGGAGGACGACGGGGACGUCCGUCACUUGAGGGUGGAGGCCGAGGUCGACGACGAAGACACAUCCCCCAGAGCAUGGAACAACAUAGCCCAACACACCAGGGUAAUUAUCAGCUUCUUGUACACUGCGGUCCGGAGACGCAAGAAGAUCCUCGUUCACUGCAGGAAUGGUCGCAGCACCUCCGUAGCCAUGCUAACCGCCUACCGUCUGCUCAAGCACGGCGUUGGGGUGCGCAACACCCUCUCCACCAUCGCCCGGGCUCGAGGGGAAUCCAUGGACCUGUCCCCGGCAAUGGCGGCAGGGCUGCAGCAGCUGCAGGAGGACUUCGCGAAGGAGAAGGAAAAGCGUCUGGUGGAGCGCGCGCGCACAGCGCCAAUAUUGUCCCUCGGGUUUUAG